ACAUAUAUAUAUAUAUAUAUAUACACGUCAACAUUUUUUCCCAAUAUAAAAAUACGGUGGCUCUUCACCACCACCAGUACAAAUGUUACGGAAAAUAUAUUCAGAAUAAGCUUAUCGAUCGAUCUCUUUGCUGUCCUCCCAUGACUACAGAAACGCUCAUCUUUCUUUUCCUGCUUUUCUCCCAAAGUUGCAAUGGAAGGGAUGCAAGUCCAUGCGCCCCUUCUUCAUGCGGCAAUGACCACAACAUUCGUUACCCUUUCCGAUUACGAACUGAUCCAAAUAAUUGCGGAGACCAUAGAUUUGAGCUUUCUUGUGAAAAUAAUUUCACUGUGUUAAAUUUAAACGGAGGAAGAUACUAUGUUCAGGCCAUCAAUUACGAUAACUUCACUGUCCGACUGGCGGAUGCCGGCGUCCAUCAAGAUGAUUGCUCCUCCUUUCCUCGUUUUCCUUUACCAAUGAUUAUUUUCAUCAAGUGCCCAAAUCCAGUGUACUCUCCCCUUUACGUGGACACCGCUCCUUGCGUUUUACGUGGAUUCAAUUCUUCUGUAUCUGCUUUGAAGAGGCACUACUCUUAUGUAAAUAUCGGAGACAUGAAGGCAUCCGAAUUGAUGGAGUCGUGCAGCGUGGAGAUGAUGAGUUUGUUUCCAGUUACGGCAAAGAAGAAUAUGUCCUUUAUUGAAAUUCACAGGGAACUUGUAUUUGGGUUUCAACUUUCCUGGCACAACAUCAAAUGUGAAAAGUGUCAUAGGUGCUAUCUGGACAGCAGAAACCGUUUUCGAUGCAUGAACACGAGGGUUGGAAUCAUCUACAUGAUAGGAGCGAUUUUGGAAGCCAUCUCGAUUUCUGGAGGAACGCUUCUUUUUUGGCUUCUUGUUGCAAGAUGCUUAUGUGGGACUCCAUGUGUGAUGGCAUUUAUCAUUUAUAAAUGGCAAAGGAGACAUUUAUCAGGAUACAAUACCAUUGAAGAAUUCCUUCAGAGUCACAAUAACCUCAUGCCAAUAAGAUAUUCUUAUUCAGACAUUAAAAAGAUAACAGGAGUUUUCAAGGAAAAGUUGGGAGAAGGAGGCUUUGGUUCUGUGUAUAAAGGAAAGCUUCGUAGUGGUCAAUUUGCUGCAGUAAAGAUAUUAAAUAAACCCAAAGAUGAUGGACAAGAUUUUAUCAAUGAAGUCGCUACAAUUGGGAAGAUUCACCAUGUUAAUGUGGUACAAUUGAUUGGUUUUUGUGCUGAGAGAUCAAAGCAAGCUCUUAUAUAUGAAUUCAUGUCUAAAGGAUCUCUUAAUAAUUAUAUUGAUUGUCAUAAAGGAUCCGUUUCCUUAAGUUGGGAAAAACUAUAUAAGAUAUCACUUGGAGUUGCUCAUGGCAUUGAAUAUCUACACCUAGGUUGUGACAUGCAAAUCCUUCAUUUUGACAUCAAACCUCACAAUAUUCUUCUUGAUGAAAAUUUCACUCCAAAGAUCUCUGAUUUUGGCCUUGCUAAAUUUUAUCCAACUAAGGGAAGCAUUGCAUCUCUUACAGCUAAAAGGGGAACAUUAGGAUAUAUGGCACCAGAGAUAUUCUACAAAAACAUUGGACGUGUCUCACAUAAGGCAGAUGUGUAUAGUUUUGGACAGUUGGUGUUAGAAGUUGCAGAUAGAGGGAAGAAAGUAAAUGGAUUUGCUGAAAGUUUAAGUGAAGUUUAUAGUCCAUUUCGGGUUUAUGACCAACUCUCUAGUGGAAAUUUACCAAUAGAAGAGACAGCAGAAGAGGAAAAUAUAAAAGCUCGGAAAAUGAUUAUAACAGGAUUAUGGUGCGUACAGUUUCAGCCUUCUGAUCGUCCAGCAAUGAACAAAGUUGUAGAGAUGCUUGAAGGAGAUAUUGAAAGCCUACAAAUGCCUCCUAGGCCUGUUCUAUUUCCUGCAGAUUCAGUGACUACAGAAUUGAAAAGCCUGGCUGAAAAUCCAAGUCAAGGGACCUUAGGAAAUAUUCUGCUCAGUGUGACGGGGGAAGGCUAACAUACCACUCAUUAAAAGAGCAGUCUUCCAUUUCAAAUGAUGGAACAGUAAUCUUCUUCCUCUUGUAUCCUUUAAAAUUGCUCUAAACACUAGAGUUAAUUGAUGAAUUGAUGAUAGUUUGUAAUAAUUCUAUGUUUAAAUUGCAAGUGAUCGCUACUUAUAUUUGCAUCA